AAAUUGAAAUGGGCCAUGCUAUCCGUUUGCUUUUCCUAUAUUCUGUUGCUCAUUAUUGCUUUCGCUUCAACCUUAAAUUCAUUUCUCCCACAAAUGAUUUGGGAGAAAAAUCGCGUAUCAUUUUUUGGCGCUAUUAUCUAUAAGCUUUUGAAUUCUUCAUUCGUUUCAACUCUUACUUCUCGUCGAGAGAAAAAACACUACACUAAUCAUAAGAAGAAAUUUUCUCUUAUUCAUUUGAAUCAAUCAAUAGAGAAGAUGGAUAUGCAGUCGAUUCCAACGAAGAUUCGACUUCGGUCUAUAUAA